AUGAUUCACAACACUGGAGAUGAAGAUUUCAUCAUGAGUGAUGGAUGCCUCGAUCGAAUGACAUUUAACGAAAAUAGAUAUUCAUCAACCAUGAGUGAUGAUGUCAUUCAAAAUAUAUGUACUGACUCUUUUUCGAGUUCUCCCAUCAAACGCAAGAGAGAUCAUCACCAUGAUGCUGAUUAUUUAAUUCCGAAUCAUGAUGAAAAUUCCAGAAAAACCAAACAUCAAGUGUGUCCAAAUUAUCCAUCAUCUCCAAUAUCGAGAGAAGAGUCGCAACAAAAGAGACAAAUUGUUGAACUGAUACUUUCUAAAAAAAGGUUUGAUAGUAAGAGGAAACUGCCUCCUCAACACGAAUUGUAUCAUACCUUGUUUCGAGAUGUUCAUUUGAUUGGAGAGUUGGAAGUACAGAAUCGAAUGAUUUGUAAAUUGGACUUGUUACUUUUAAAAUUAGAUGAGAAAAAUAUUGGAACAAUUAUGGAUGGACAACAAUUAAUGACGAUCAAACAACUUGUGGAUCAUAUUGCAACAAUUACCUCAAAUGUUUCAUUGAAAGAAAUUGCAGAAAAAGUUCUCGUCAAGCUUUCGAAAUAG